CUCAGUGUACCACUGGGUGGAGAUGAGGACCAAGAUGCGGCUGCUGGGGUUCCGGGGGGCGGCGGUGAAGCCCCUGAACGAGGAGGCGGCGGCCGAGCUGGGGGCAGAGCUGCUGGGGGAGGCGCUGGUCUUCGGGGUCGGGGGGCUCUGCCUCUACCUCGAGUACCUGCGGCAGGCGGGGCAGAGCCGGCGGCGCGAGGAGCACCUGGAGCAGACCCUGAGCGACCUGCGCCGGGACAUCGAGGGGCUCCAGAGGGACCUGGACGAGCUCAGGGGACACGGGGGGCAGGGGCG